AUGUCUUCAUCUUCUAACGCUCACACAGAGCGACCAAUCCCCAGCCAUUCACCGCACUCAUCGAGGAGAUUCAGCGCGCUGCCUCUUGGCACCUCGCAACCAGUCAUGCCACCACCAGCCAACAAUGACCCUCCACGAUCAGGCGCCAACAGAAAGUUCUCGCUCGCUUCAUACGAGCACCCGUACGACAUCGCUCCGCCGGACUAUACGUACAAUCGCCUUUCGACACCCUCUUUCUCUGCUCAUCAGUCUUCCGACCUACAGCGAGGAUCGUUCAUUGCACCCAAAGACUUGAAAGAGCAGCCUGAGAAAGCGGCUACAGGCGACGCGCAUGUUGAACAGGAACAGAAAAGGAGAGGACUUCUUUCCAACAUGAUGGAUUGGUACUCGAUGGCUCGCUCCGGCACUCACUCGAUUCCCGAGAUGACAAAAGAUCCUGGCUCAACCUUCUCUGAGACUGACUACGGCUACUCGAGUGCGCUUCGGGAUCGCGGCGAAAUGUGGAGAAGAGGAUCGGCGUACUCCAAUGCAUCCGUGGACUCUGAAAUGAUGGAUCCUGACGACCCUCGGGUGACAGGCGUCAAGGCUAAACAGUUGGAGGAUCAAGUUGAUCUUGAGAGAAACACACUGCGCCAAAUGGAUUACAAGACUCGCCGAAAGCAUAUCCAAAGGAUUCGAAUAGAGUUCAACGUCUCAUCGAUGAAGGAUAGACAGGACUUCCUUCUUAAGCUGGCACGCUCCUUGAUGACCUUCGGUGCGCCUUCACAUAGGAUCGAGUCCCAGCUUGUGGCCGCUGCACGCAUCCUUGAAGUCGAAGCAGAGUUCAUCCAUUUGCCUGGCAUUAUCAUCUGCUCUUUUGGUGAUCAGGAUCUCGGUUGCUCAGAAACCCACUUCGUUAAAUGCGGUGGACGCCUAUCUCUGGGAGUGCUCCAUAAAGUCCAUCUGAUCUACAGAGCUGUCGUCCACGACGAAAUCAGUGCCAAACAGGCCAGCGAACAUCUUGAGGCACUUAUUGACGCCCCGGCUCCUUACUCUGAUCUAUUCCGGUGCAUUCUGGCGUUUUUCCUUUCUGCGUUGAUCUGUCCCUUAGCGUUUGGCGGCUCUUUUGUGGAUAUGUGGAUUGCUGGUGUGGCUGCUUUCGCUCUCUCCUGGUUGCAACUCCGCGUGGCUGGAAAGAGUGCUUUAUACGCCAAUGUAUUUGAAAUCACUGUUUCGAUAGUCGUCUCAUUUGUGGCCCGAGGUCUGAGCAGCAUUCGAAGCCAGAUAUUUUGUUAUACUGCGAUAUCUUCCUCCGGCAUUGUCGGAAUUCUCCCAGGAUAUCUGAUCCUCAGCAGCUCGCUGGAGCUCGCUUCAAAAAACAUCGUCUGCGGAAGUGUGAAGAUGGUUUAUGCACUCAUAUACACACUAUUCUUGGGGUUCGGUCUUCAGAUAGGGAACGAUUUCUAUCUGCUCCUUGAUCCUGUGGCACGUAAUCGACUGGACGCGCUUGCUGCAAGUCUCAGUGCCACCGUCUCCUUGACCGGGACCUGGGCAGCCGACAAUUCAACGAAUGGGACGUCAGUGCCAAUGAACGGGACCUGGACCUUCAGUCGCAGCGUGUCGCCUCUUGAGAGAGAUAUUGUCGACGCCUUCAUCAUCGUCCCGCUCUUUUCCACACUCUCUUCCCUUGCAAACCUCCAGCCAUUCAGGAGCAAACAAUUGCCCGUCAUGGUCAUUAUUUCUUGUUUUUCGUAUGCAUCCAACAGGAUCGCUAAUCACUACAUAUUCAAUCGGUCGGACGUUGUUUCGGCCAUUGGCGCGUUUACUGUGGGUCUUUUGGGCAACAUUUAUUCGCGGCGGAUGGGAGGCACUGCUUUCACAUCGAUGGUGACAGGAGUUCUCUUCCUCGUCCCUUCUGGUCUGUCGCAAGCUGGAGGAAUCACUGCGAACGGAAACGGGAUCGAUAUCGGAGGUGCAAUGAUUGCCGUAACAAUUGGAAUCACGGUGGGCCUCUUCAUGAGUCAAGCGCUGGUAUACACCUUCGGUUCAAGGAAGAAUGCGGCUGUAUUUUCCUUCUGA